AAUUCAACCUCUCUUGUCUCGUGAACUUCCCGUUGUAUUCUUCUUUUGGCAAUCAAUCAAGUGGGGUUUAACAGACUUGACGUUCCUCAAAAAAGAGCACGAACGAUUGCUGGACUUACCCAACAAAGCCACGACAAAGAAAAUCCUGACGCACACGCGCACAAUUCCUACCCUACAUCCGGAGUCAUUGAUCAUCACGAUGAGUCCCAGCACUUGCACGUCUCCCGCAUGCCGUCCAUCACCGAGAGUGUGGCCUCGUCCCCCGCCCUUGGAUCAUGGACUAAGGCCCGUGCUGAUUGUUCCCCGUUAGAUCCGGGCUCUGACCCGUUCAUCAUCAUCACAUCCUUUGCCAAACCAGGCCCGGAGACACGCAAGUUCAUCCGCAGCCAUGUGAUGCGCGGCAAGAAUGCAGGUAAAUUCAGAAACAGCAAGAACUGGCCCAGCGCGCCGGCGGAGCCCCAGGCGGCAGAUGGCAGGGGUGUGUGCACAGGCUCAAAGGCUAGAAGAACAGAGCAAGUCGGCGACCAGGGAAUGAUGGAAGCCGUGGGCUGGACGCUCGUCACACCCCGCAAGAUUGCCUCUGAGCUCUCCCUCUUUGGUUUCGGUAGUGACAUGCAGCCUUACGCGCUGGGUCUCAUUUACCGCGCAUUGACAGUUGUCAAACCUGCAACAUACGGAUUGCAGGACAUGACGGCCGAGGGCCCCCACGACGACAACCUGUUCUGCUUCGCCAACCUCACCCACUACCCGGGCAUCCUACACUCGACCCUCUUCGCCGCGCAGGCCUUCCACGACCUGGCGACCGGCCGGCCCUACAGCACGGUAGCCCAGGUGCACCUGGCCAAGGCACUGCGGCAUCUGCAGCGGAGCUUGGAUGACGAAAAGCAGGCGCUGGAACUCUCGACCAUGGCCGUCGUCUGCUCGCUAGCCAUGGCUGCCGUCAUCGCGGGCGACCUCGCGACAGCCGUGAAGCACAUGGACGGUCUGCAGAGGAUUGUCCAGCUGCGAGGCGGCUUGCGGGUUCUGGGCCCGGAGAACAUGCUAGCGUACAAGGCGAGGGUCCUCGACCUCGGCCUGGCCAUGGGCCUGGGCCACAAACUGCGCUUCCCUCAACACGGGAAGAUGUCCUGGUCUCCUCAGAUCGCCCACGGCCGACCCGCCACACGCUUCCCCGAGCUCGCAGCAGCACUGGCCUUGUACGCACGACCCGACCCUCGCUUGCUGCACGUGUGGGCCGACCUGCGCGAAUUCUCCAGGCUUGUGAACGAGGCGGCGGCGGCGACGACGCGCGGAGCAAAGAUCUCUGUCGAGAUGGCCCAUCGGCUUGCGACGUCGGUUCCGUACCGGCUGCUGCGACUGGAACCGAGGAACAAGGAAGGCGGGUUACACCUGCAUCCGGGUGUGCUCCUGCAUGAGCUCCUCAGACAGUGCAUGCUGGCGUAUGCCAAGAUGCUGCUCAUCAGACUGCAGGGUAUUGGGAAGAAAAUGGCGGUGCUGGCGGACGGAUUGAGGGCCGUGUUGGAUGCGUGGCACGAUGCCCUUCAGCUGCCUCGCGCGGGUGGCAGUGCAUCUAGUGAUGAACGAGGGCUCCGUAAGCUGCUUCUCUGGGGUGUGUUUGUUGCGAGCGUGUCGAUCUUUGAGGACUGGAGCUUGAAUGAGCAAUGGUUGGGCGGGAUGAUGGGGCAGAACCUGUGGGUGCUUGAGUUGUCGACGUGGGCGGAGACGAGGCUUGUGCUGAAGGAUUUUCUGUGGAUCGACGCUGUUUUUGAUGGGCCUUGCCAGAAGGUAUUUGAGCGCGUGAUUUCUAUCUGUGAAGACGGGCCAGACGGUUCAUGAUCCGUCAACCAGAAAUGAACCGAGAAGUCAGGCUUCUGACCGCAGUCUUGUCGUCCAGCAUCCUGAUCUCGCAGCGCACAACCU